AUGGUAAACGGCAUGAAUGCAAAUCGUCUCGAAAAACAAAUUAAAGCACAUUCCAUAACCACAGAAGAAAAGAAAAUCAAGCAAUACACAUCACCAAAUCGAUACGCGGCACUGGCCAAGGWYWCUGACGGCGAAAUCGAAAAUGAGCCGUACUGCAAACGGCAAUACAAAGCAGUAAUCAGAAAUCUGCAUCACUCCACUAUCAUAACUGAUAUUACAAACGCCCUGGCUGAACUUGGACACUCGGCCACGCGCAUGGUUAAUAUCAAAAAGAACCAUCGUCCUUUACCACUGUUCCACGUUGAACUGGCUCUUAAAGAAAACAAUAAAGAAAUCUUCAAGAUUACAAAACUCCUUCAUUCCGCAGUAUUGAUUGAAAAACUACAUACAAAACGCAAAAACCCGCCUCAAUGCUAUACAUGCCAAGCAUACGGUCAUACGCGUAACUACUGUAGUCAGCAGCCCAGAUGCGUUAAAUGCGGCSAAAAUCACUCAACUGAUAUGUGCACCAAAGAUAGUAGCCUCCCGGCUAAAUGUGCACUAUGCUCUGGUGCACAUACAGCAUCAUAUAAAGGUUGUAUCAUUUACAAAAAAUUGACAAAUUCUUCAAACAAACCAAAAAAGGUAGUAAUUCCACAACAACAAGGCACCUCACGUCAUCAUGCAGCGCAUGCACCCCAGUCUGGUCCAUCAUAUGUCAGUUGCCCAACAGCUGCCCAACCAACAUCCAGUACUUCAAACUCAAAUUCAAAUUYAACGUCRAACAUCUUGAAUKAACUAAAAAUAUUAUUAAAUCCAUUAAUUUCUCUAAUAACUGUAAUUUUAAGCAAACUCWCARCAAUAUUCCCAUAG